AUGAGCGCGAACCUCAUUGAGAUCGGCUCCAUCCAGUUGGAGGGCGCAGAGUGCGACGAUUUGUUUGAGAGUCCGCGAUGGGCUCAGUGUUACGAUGAAUAUGCUGGGUUUGGGACGACAAGCCAGACCAGACAGAAUGUGCAACAGACGGAGUAUGCCUUUGAGAUGGCAUGUUCUAACAUCAGGUAUGGUGAGGGAGUCACACAGGAGGUUGGCAUGGACUUCAAGAACCUUGGUCUGAAGAAUGUGUGUGUAAUUACAGACAAGAACCUGAGGAGCCAUACAUCAGUUCAGGUGUCACUACAGUCCCUGGAUCAAAGUGGUGUCAAAUUCCAGGUGUUUGACAAUGUACGCGUGGAACCUACCGAUACGAGUUUCAAGGAAGCCAUAUCAUUUGCGAUGUCCUCUGACUUUGAUGGCUUUCUGGCAGUGGGUGGGGGCUCUGUGAUUGACACCUGUAAGGCAGCCAAUCUGUAUGCUUCAAACCCUUCAGCUGACUUCCUGGAUUAUGUCAAUGCUCCUGUGGGGAAAGGAAAACCUGUCACUCAUCAAGUCAAACCUCUAAUUGCAGUGGCAACCACAGCAGGGACUGGCAGUGAAACCACAGGGGUAGCCAUCUUUGAUCAUGAACCACUUAAAGCUAAAACAGGUAUAGCCAGUCGUGCUCUGAAACCCGUCCUAGGGAUAGUGGAUCCACUACACACCCUGACUGUCCCGGAGAGAGUCACCUGCUAUACUGGAUUUGACAGUCUCUGCCAUGCCUUAGAAGCCUUUACAGCUGUGCCGUAUUACCAGCGAGAGCCUCGUCCAGAAAACCCCAUAUUACGGCCAGCGUAUCAAGGUUCAAAUCCCAUCAGCGACAUCUGGACACGGCACACAAUGAAACUCUGCAAAGACUAUCUGAAAAGGGCUGUUUAUGGAGCAGAUGACUUAGAGGCAAAAGCUGCCAUGCACCAGGCAAGCUGCUUUGCUGGCAUUGGCUUUGGGAAUGCCGGGGUGCACUUGUGUCAUGGAAUGAGUUACCCAAUCUCGGGCCUGUUGAAGUGGCUUGGGAAGACCUACACAUCUGAGGGUUACCCCAACGAUCACCCUAUAGUGCCCCAUGGUCUGUCUGUGGUGAUUUCUGCCCCUGCUGUGUUUGAGUAUACUGCCCCUGCUUGCCCAGCUCGCCACUUGGAAGCUGCAGAAUUACUAGGUGCAGACAUCAGCAAUGUAAAAGAAGCUGAUGCAGGGAAGUUGUUGGCAGAUACGCUCAGAUGGUACAUGUGUGAUUUGGGCAUCCCAGAUGGUAUUUCCGUGUUUGGUUACACAAAGGAUGACAUCCCAGCUCUGGUCAAGGGCACAUUGCCCCAGCAUCGUGUGAUAAAGCUUUCACCGCGGCCAGUAGAUGAGGAAUCUUUGACACAGAUGUUUGAGAACACACUGAAUGUAUAUUGAGACCUUUUACUGACGGCCUGUGUUAUUCAUAGAUAGAAACACAGGGUUGAAGACACACUGAGAACUUUGACUAACUGACAGUGUUAUUCAUAAAUAAAAACACAGAAAUAAUGCUACGGUCAUUUUAAUACAAAGAUGUCAGAGAACAAAGCUCAUUCUCAUUCACACAAAACUCAACUGAUCUAUGUUCUCACAAAUCUGGGAUACAUGUAAGAUCUAGGUACUGAGAACAAAGCUCAAUCCCAUUCACACAAAAGUCUACUGAUCUAUGUUCUCACAAAUCUGGGAUACAUGUAAGAUCUAGGUACUGAGAACAAAGCUCAAUCCCAUUCACACAAAACUUUACUGAUCUAUGUUCUCACAACUCUGGGAUACAUCUAAGAUCUAGGUACUGAGAACAAAGCUCAAUCCCAUUCAACAAAACUCUACUGAUCUAUGUUCUCACAAAUCUGGGAUACAUGUAAGAUCUAGGAACUGACAACAAAGCUCAGUCCCAUUCACACAAAAGUCUACUGAUCUAUGUUCUCACAAAUCUGGGAUACAUGUAAGAUCUAGGUACUGAGAACAAAGCUCAGUCCAGUUCACACAAAAGUCUACUGAUCUAUGCUCUCACAACUUUGGGAUACAUGUAAGAUCUAGGUACUGAGAACAAAGCUCAGUCCCAUUCACACAAAACUUUACUGAUCUAUGUUCUCACAACUUUGGGAUACAUGUAAGAUCUAGGUACUGAGAACAAAGCUCAAUCCCAUUCAACAAAACUUUACUGAUCUA